CCCCACAAGAACUAACAAUGAUAAUGAGAAGCGCGUCAUCACUGGACCUUAACCUACGCGCCACCCAGAAACCGUCGGCUCCACGGGUGGUAACGACGGCUCGAACCGUCUCUGCUUCUCCUCGUGUUGCUAAAUCGAUUACGAGAGCUUCUUCAGAUGGAAAUCUUUACAAGAUUCAGUCGUCGGAGAGCAGAACGAAAACCAUCAGCGUAUACCACGAAGAAACGGCUUCUUUUAGGGUUUUGGAAGGAUCUCGGCUCACCCAUGGAGGUUCCAACGGUGGAUUUGGUGGUAGAGGCGGAGAUGGUGCCGGAGGUGGCGGUGGAGGUGGAGGUGGGAGCGUAGAUGGUUAUUAUGAAGAGAUGAUCCAACGUUAUCCCGGUGACACUCUUCUUCUCUCUAACUACGCUCGUUUCCUCAAAGAGGUGAAAGGUGAUGGGAGAAAAGCAGAGGAGUACUGUGAGAGAGCGAUGUUGUCUGAGAAUGGAAGAGAUGGAGAGUUACUGUCUAUGUAUGGAGAUUUGAUAUGGACAAAUCAUGGAGACGGUGUUCGUGCUCACUCUUACUUUGAUCAAGCUGUUCAAUCUUCUCCUGAUGAUUGUCAUGUUCUUGCGUCUUAUGCUCGGUUUCUAUGGGAUGCUGAAGAAGAAGAAGAAGAAGAGGAAGAGGAAGAAAGUAAACAUGAGAACGGUUUCUCUUUCUCUACCUAUAACCCAACAUCUGUAUCAGUUGUGUCUUGACUCUUUGUGCUGAUGUUAAACCGGUGUAAUACAAUAAAAACUCAAAAGUCCG